AUGGGCGAUACCGUCACUGCCCACAAGUACCAGGAGCAACAUCGCGAGGGUAAUUCAGAAGUUUCCCGCGAGUUGAGGAGACGCUCGCGCAGCGCGUCGGCGGCUACCGUGCAACGUAACAACAGCACCGAGAUUGUUGUCCAGGCGUAUCCCGACCCGGACUAUAAGCUGGACAAGUCGUCUAUAUCAGGCGCGGUGCUGAACACACGUGCUGGAGACUCGGCUCUGACUUAUAGCGCUCGCUGCCCCUCUGUACCCGUGAUGGUCACGUGGCGAGAUCUACGUUGCCAUCUGGCGGCCGUAAGAAUGUCGUGGAUCCGAGCAGCGGCGAUGCGUGUGAACCCAAAACUGGUGUCUCCUGCUGGUGCUUUACUAGCGUUGACGCGUAUUGAUGUCGCUAACAAUGAGCUGCGAUCACUUCCACCGGAUUUAUUCACCCUUAUGUCCCUUAGGUAUCUAAACGCAGCACAGAAUAAAUUAGAGAAAUUGCCCCGCGAAGGGGAUCCAUUCGAGGAGGAACCGCCUAAAGGGCGCGGAAAACGAGUACGACCCAAAGUUUACAGCGCACCUGUAUUGCAAGAACUUUAUUUGCAGGAUAACAGACUGGAGGAGAUUCCUUCGUCUCUAUUCAGUCUGCCUUCAUUGCAAACCCUCGACAUAUCUAACAAUAAACUGCGUGCCCUUCCUGCCGCCAUGUGGCGCGCUCCCGCAUUACGAGAUCUCUCCGCCGCACUCAAUCAUCUGCGCAACCUACCCACGUACGAGGGCCAAGAGUGUGGGAGUCCAUUACCACAGUCGCCUUGCGAUGUCACGCCGUCCGCAAACAACUCCAGCUCUGAGCAAAGUGUGGACGCAACUGUAUCUCAAUCGUCUUCUCGGAGUCCAUCAAUAGAACGCAGUGAAUGCGAGCUUCUGGAUGAUGACGAUGCUCCCAUAACCAUCGGCAACCGAACUGAGAAUACAGUAUGUUCGGCAGCAAAACGUGCGCACGAGUGGCGUGGAGAGGUGGAGCCAGAGGGUGGUGGGGGUAUCGGCAUGGGUGGUGGGGAGGGAGGCAGCAGAUUACAUUCGCUCAAUCUCUCUCACAAUCAGUUCACUUGCGUGCCCCCGCCCCUCGCGUGCCUCGCCCCUUCGCUCGCCCGCCUCAACUUAGCGUACAACUCUUUACGAUCUAUGUCAUACGUAACAUCUUAUCCGACUGGUCUGCGGCAACUCGACCUCAGUCAUAACGAGAUCACUUGCUGGCCAAGUCUACCGCAGGUGGAGUCCUUCGGUUGUAAUGAGGGCGAUCCCCUCUCUUGUUACUGCCCUAAUGGCGACGGUAACAGUGGUAGAAUAAGGCCUCGUUCUGGAGGGUCAAUUUUGUCAAACAAUCUUUUGACUCGCAUCCAGUUGACUACGGACGAUGACGACAGUUUCGAUCUAGAGCCUAAACGGGAUUCAUCGGACGACGAAUGGUCUCGUCUUGUGUUCCCGCUGUUGUCCAUGUUGGACGUAUCGUGCAACAUGUUGCGUAACAUUCCGCCCGGUAUACAUGCACUCGCCAAUCUCGCAGUACUCAAUAUUAGCGGCAAUAAAGACAUAACGGAGCUGCCUCCACAAAUGGGCCUUCUAUCACGUCUAUGGAACUUGAGCGCUACGGGAUGCUCUCUGCAAGAACCAUUACGGUCUAUGCUAAGAGCUGGUGGACGUUGCCGAUCAGCUGACGUUGUGUCAUAUCUCAAGUCCGUUCUACACGAAGCCAGACCAUAUCCUAAGCUAAAGUUAAUGAUUACUGGACAACAGCACUGGGCAAAGCGUAUGGGCAACAAGGGCAGUCGUCGCAACUUGUCCACCGUGGGCGUGGACAUAGGCACUUGGGUGUACGAGAAGCAACGGUACUAUUCCACGCACCAGUACUUCUUGUCACGUCGAUCUCUGUACCUAGCCGUGUGGCGAGCUACAGACGGACGGAAGGGGCUAGAAGGUGCCAUAUCUUGGCUCAGGUCUAUACAAGCUCGCGCUCCGGGAUCUCCUGUCAUCAUGGUGGCGACGCAUUACGAUCAAGUCGCUAACGUGAGAUCUGAUAAAAAUAUAUCUGCUAAAUUCUUCCAUCACCGAGUUUUAUCCAUAUUAACAUUUAUCCAUAUCAAUAAAUAAUAACUGCAAAAAUGCAGCUUUUCAGGAGACGAAAGAAACGUUUCAAAUCAAAAUAUCAGUUAUUAUUUAUUGACUCUUCAUGGGCAUUUGCAUUUGAUAUUGACAUUUCUGUUCAUUUCUAUACAGUGUAAUUUACCGGAGAGUGAAAGUCCUGAGGCAUUGCAGCGACUCAUAAGGUGUAACAUUAUGGGAGCUGCCGACGCAGAUAAACGGGGAUUACCACGAGUACUAGACUCUAUAGAGGUAUCAUGUAACACGAGACACAACAUACGUCUGCUGGCGGACAUUAUUUAUUCGGUUGCAUUCAGCGUCAAACCACCAGGUAGCAAAGAACCUUUGCUGCAGCAACCGGUUCCAGCUGUGUAUAUGCAGCUGGAGGAGUGCGUCACGCAUCUCGCUCAGGAGCUGUCACAACCGCGUGGGCUGCGUCAGUUUCGUGAUGCGGCUGAAUUGCAUCAGGCGACAAUGUUCCUACACGAGAACGGUGUUCUACUUCAUUACGAUGACGCCACUUUGAAAGAGUUGUACUUCGUACGUCCGCAAUGGUUGUGUGACUUAUUAGCUCACGUAGUCACCGUCAGAGAAGUGAAUCCGUUCGCGGCCAACGGUAUAAUGCGCACCGAAGAAUUAGCGCACGUGUUCAAAGCGUCCCCACUACUCGGGGGAGGGGAGGAGGCGGCCGGACUCGGGCUCUCGCUCCUCAACAAGUUCGAGCUGGCACUCGGAUGGGACGCCAGACUGCUGCUAGUGCCGCCAUUACUGCCGGCUCGUCCCCCACGUGCUCCACAGGUAUUAGUAUGACACUUGUAUUUAUACUCGAGUGAGAGAAGUAAUAGGGGUGUAGACGAUUGUUUUCAGAUAUUUUUACACAUAAAAUAUAUCUAAAAAUAAUAUUAAUUUUCAAAAUUUCCCACGAAAUCGCAACUUCUGUCAUAGUGUUGAAACUAAUAUCGUUCUAUGUAUGCUUAGGGUUUUAUUUUUGAAGUUCUGGUAUGAAUCGAGGGGCGUGACGUCAUGCGCUGUUUUUCGGUCACGUGACAACGAGUAUGAAAUAUUUGUUUUUUCAUAAUUCAUUUAAGCGGUAUUAUAAAUAUUAUAAGCAUAAAAGUGUGAUUAUCGGUAAUAGUUUAUUAAACACUUCCAGAAAAAAUGUAUUUCUUUUGGUUUACUGUUUAUAUCCCUAUUACUUGGGAAAAAGUUAUAACUUUAGCAAAUGUUUUUAAUAAAUACUCGAGAAUUUGAAUGAAAUAAUAACUGUUAAUCAUAUUAGAAUUCGAAAAUAGAGGAACUGUCGUUUUCGUCGGAGAGACAGAAUAGGUUUUCAGAUGUAGUAUAGUUGUGUAUGUGUUGUAUAGAAAAAUAUUAGAUACGUAUAUUUAUUUGCUUCAUUUACAAGAAAUGGCUUAGCUAAUAGGAAUUAAAGUUAAGGAGCAGGGGCUCGCUACAUCACAAUUACUUAGAAAAUGUACAAAAACAUGACGUCUGCUGCUGCUGCAAUUCAUUGAUUAAGCAAAAAAAAAAUACGUGUUUAAUAUUCUUCAACAAUCUGCCUGACGGACAGAUAAAUAAAAAUCAGUCAUCAUUCCUAUUGUUGAUUGUCGUAUGUGUGUGUAUAGUUACAACUGCGCGCGCGUUCAGGGGCACGAGCUUGGGGAGGGAGUGCGCCUGCGCAACUAA